AUGAAGGUGCUCAUUGUCAACUGUCAUCCGGAUACCUCUGACGUGGGUCAGGCAGUCUUCCAUGAGUUUGAGGAGGCUGUGCGGAACUCACUGGCUUCGACAGGCGACGUGGUGGAGGUCCAUGUUGCGGGCAUGGACGAUUUGGACGAUUAUUUGUACAUUUCUCCUGCCAAUUCGAGUCUGGCGCCGAUGCCGAAGCGAUUGAAGGAGAGUUUGAUGGACAAGCGGGCACUGCUGUUGUUUGAUCGAUUGGAUAUGAUCUUCAUCGAUGGCCCACACGUCCUUGCUCCGUGGGCUCCGGCUGCCCGCAAAGCCUUUGUCCUCCUUCACAUGUGCUUUGAGACUGGCAAAUGCCUCUUCGGCUCGGCCUUUACCGCACACAUGCUGACAUACAUGGCAGCUACGGGCGGGGUUUACGAACGGGUUGGAUGGUCAGGAUCUGUGGGCGGGAAGCUCGAUCAGCUCAACACGCUCUCGUCGUCGCGAUCGCGGUUUCUCAACAACGAGACCGGCGAUGUGUACCGUAAGGUGAGCUCGGCGCCUGCGCCUGUGUGGGAGCCGGUCUUCAACGUCGGUCUGCGGCAGCACUCGUCGCGGAACCGAUCGCACAUCCGGUACACGCCGCGGAUUCCGUCGUCCAGGACGUCGCGGAUCAACGUCCACUUUCGGGCGCAUUGGCUCUUUGCCGACAUGACCUCGAACGAAUUUACGGUCCCUGCCAAGCACUCGUGGGACAUCUGCCUCUCGCCGCUAGCGCCGGUCGCAGUCGACGUCCUCGCCGCCAACGACUGGACGCCGACCAUCAUCGAGUACGGGCACAUUGUGGCGUGCAAGUUUGACGUGACACCAAAGGCUGAGGCCACCGUCCUUCUGCUACACAACUACGUGCGGCACAAGUACUCGCUGAUGCGCAAGGUCUCGCACCUCGAGUUCAUCUCACAGCUCUCAUACCAGCAGACGCUACAGGAGGGCUCGUCGCUGGCGACGGCGCGAUCGGCGGCGCUGCGGUCUGUGCGGUCACGCACACAGGCGUCGCGGGCAUCAGUGCCGUCGGCUUUCUCGCCGUCGGCGACAUCACCAGGUUCGGCGUCACUGACCGCCGAAACCGAGCACGGUGCGCUGCCUGAGCUCGCGGCGUUCCGGCCGCCGGACCUGCCGACUUCCAAGUGGAAGAUGAUGCAGGAGGAGGCGGCGCUGAAUGGCGGUGGUGGAGCAAUGCAGAUCUUUGUGGAGACAUGCGAGGCACCGCUAGCUCGUGAGCCGGGGGAGUGGCAGGCUGCGCCGUCAACGACGUUGCGGUAUGCGGUCAAUCCGCUGUGGCUUGUCCGCAUGGGCGCCACCAAGGAUGUUGGCCGCGAGACGCCACUGGACUCGUUGGUGAGCGAGGCUAGCUGCGACAGCCUGACGUCGUCGCGGUUUGUGCCGCGGCCACCGACAACAGCGUCGCCAUCGCGACGAUCAUCGCUGCGCGGGGGGCGCGCCAAGUGGGAGGCGUCCAAGUCGCGCGCUUUACAUGCAUCAGGACGUCCGCCUGUCCGGGUCGUCCGCGUCCCAACCGGCCGCAGAAAACCAUACUCGUCGUGGGCCAAGUUCCGUGCCCGCCACGCACACGCCGAUAUCGGCGAGGCCAUGUCGUACCGCUUCCCGGAAGCCGACUUUGUGGCCACGCAGUCGACCAAGGUUGUUUAGCGGUAAGUGAAAGCAUAUGUAGUCCACCCG